CGAGCAUACGAAGAACAAUCCGCCCUCUUUCAAUACGUCUAAAGAUCUGUGAGCUUGGAUCGAAGGACUACCUGAGGUUCCUCGAUGGCACCACCAGCAAAUCAAGGUUGGUUCCUAUAAAAUGAAAGCGCCGUUGUUUCUAUAUUGGAGGGAUGGUCUGGACAUUGUUAAGCAUCUUUUCGCCAACCCAGUAUUUGCACCUUGCAUGGAUUUUCAGGCAUACCGAGAAUUUGAAGGUCCAGAUAGACAGCGAGCUUAUGGAGAAUUCAUGAGCACUGAUCAUGCAUGGGAGAUACAGGAUAAGCUUCCUCCAGGCCAUUCAUCCAUUGGUGUGAUUGGUUUUCAUAUGAAAGCGACAUCACAUGUGUUCGCUUUGGUCGCUUACCUCCCAAUACCUAAAUUUCUCGAGGUCUCGAAGCCCGUUCAUGCAAUUCUAUCCGCACAAGUCUACCAUUUCGCAAUCUCGAUUGUCAUGCGUAAUUUGAAGAUUGCUGCUCGUGACGGCUGCAUCAUGUCAGACCCAAGAGGAGAUCUGCGUAUGAUUCAUACCCCUUUGGUUGCCUGGAUAGCUGACUAUCCUGAGCAACUCCUCAUUGCAUGUACUGCCUCGAAGCACUCACCAAUUUCCCUCGCUGUCGCUGCACAAUUUGGGGACCCUCUUCCACACUCUCCCCGAAUUUGUUCUCGCAUUCUUGACGCUAUCGAAAGGGCCUGCACUAUUUCUGACCCUUGCAACAUUGCAUCCUUCUAUAAGGCAUCUCAGUCGCUGCAUCUGAACGGCGUAGUUGAGCUGUACUGGAUGGAUUGGGGCGAUGCAUGCCCAUCCCGCUUUUUGACACUGGAUGCCCUUCAUCAAUGGCACAAGUUUUUCUUCGACCACCCUAUUACGUGGUCUAUAAACAUCAUGGGGGAGCAGAGCUCGAUUGUCGACUAUCAGCUCUUCAACCUCGUGUAG